GUGGCUUCGCUUGUCGGGGUGCCUCUCAUGAGGGUGGGCCUUUUGCCCUCUAACAUCAGCGCCUUGCCGCUGUGCCCGACGCGGGCGCUCGGUGCGUGCACUCGGGGCGGCUUCGGCGUAGCUCCAGCGCGGAGCCGACGCCGAGCCGACGAGGCCAACCUGGAGAUCCGACGCGGCCUCGAGGGCGCGAACCUGCUCAUCCAGAAUCUGGACGAGUACACGAGCGAGGACACCCUGAGGGAGCUCUUCGAGCCCUUCGGAGCCGUCACGUCGGUGGCGCUGCCCCAGACCGAGCAGGGCCGGGGCCAGGGGUUCGGCUUCGUGAGCUUCGCCAGCAGGGACUCGGCCACGAAGGCGAUCAGCGAGAUGCAUCUGAAGAUCGUCAAGGGCCAGCCGUUGCACGUGGCCCUGCUGGCAGCGAAGUCGACGGAGCCGCCCAAGGUGCUGGACGUGGCGCCGCUCGUCCAGAACGCACACAAGAAACCGGACGUCAGCACGAGGCCGCCGCAGUUCAGCUUCCGCGACACCGCGUCGGCGCUCUGGCACAGGCUUGGCAUCGUCGGCGGGAACUUCGGAAGCAACGUCUUCUUCCCCGAGGACGACGAG